CCUGCGUCGAAUUGAAGUAUGGUGCCAACGAAUAUACGUGUUCUAAUUUAUUAAAGUUUUGGAUCAAAGCGGAAGAGAGGAAAAUUAUUCCCAAGGAAAAGGCGCACAAAUGGAUUUUGGAGAGGUACCGGCGCUUUAAAACAGCGGAGCCAAAUAUUUAUCAAGUCAUGAUUUGGAUCACAUUUUUACCAAUUUUGAUUUCUUGCGUAGUUGGAAACAGGACAAUGGAGCAGGUGCCGUUCUUUCACGGACAUGUAUUUGAGAACUCGUCUCCGGGCUCUCGGGUCAACGGUCUAAGCGUCCCGUUAAAACGCCUGAACUCGCAGAGGUUGUGCGGUGCUGGGGAAUUCGGCUCAGUGGAAGCGCACUUCAAACUCCUGGGAGAGGGAAGCGAGAAUUUCCAUGUCUUUGCGCACCACAAACGAGGGCAUGUUUUACUGAAGACUUCACGGGUUUUGGACCGAGAGGAGCGAGCGGAAUACGCACUGGGUCUGGGUUUGUGUUGCGGGCAAUGCGCGGGGCGCUCUUGGGAAGAGGGAGAUGAAUCUCCCCUCGUAGCUGAAGUAGCGUCCAUCCAGGUGGACGUACUGGACACUAACGACCACCAGCCCACCUUCUCCAGUGCAGGUGUUAAACUGAAUCUGGAUGAUGCCACUGCGCUCCGCACAGCGGUCUACUCGUUCACGGCGCGGGACGAUGACAGCGGCAAGAACGCCGAGCUCAUCUACUUCGCCCUUCCCAAAAAUGGGAGUUUCUACGCGGUGCCCAAAACCGGUGACAUCCUUAUUGUAGACUCCAUCCUUGGUUUGGAUGAACCGAUUAAGUUUGAAGUUUUUGCGCGGGAUCGCGGGUGGCCUCCGCGCACAAGUCAAAGCGUAACCGUGGAGAUAAAUCCACGGCAAUGGCCAGUGGCGUCCUCGGUGUCUCCUCAACAGGAGAAACAAAAAGUAAAAUCGCAAAUUAAUGUACAAACACGAAUGUCUAGAUCAGUACAGGAAUCAGAAAACCCCGUUUUCAUCAGUGUGUCCGAGGAUGCUGGAAUUGGUUCAGUGGUGAUGAACUUAAACCCGGUGAAGUUUCAGUCAGCCACGUUUGAACUGGUGGAGCCCGAAGUGGAGAGCUCACCGGUCAGCGUAAGUCGGGACAACGGAGAUAUAGUUAUACUGCGGAGACUGGACCGAGAGACAGAGCCUCUGGUGGAGAUCACUGUCAAAGUGCAAGAUAAAAGAGGACCAGAGUGGUACUUGGUCAAAGUGGAGUUGACUGUGACUGAUGUAAAUGACAACAUCCCAGAAUGGAGCAUGAUUCCUACACCCUACCUUGCAGUGGUUUCUCCUGAUUCUCCUCCUGGUUCGUUGGUGUACAAACUCUACGCUCAGGAUGGGGAUGAGGGAGACAAUGGUGAAGUGGAGUACUUUCUGUCAGAUGGUGGUGAUGGUCGUUUUGAAGUGGACAGGAAGAGUGGCCAUGUACGGACUACAGGGCUUCCUCUGCAGCGGGACAGGGAGUAUCUGCUGACAGUGGUGGCUGCUGAUCGGCUGGGUAGUCGUAGUGCUCCUGCUGUUGUCUCUGUGGUUGCUGGGCCCCGGCCACCACAGUUUACCAACGCUUCUUUCACCAUUGCCAUACCAGAAAACACACCGGAAGGACAGCCCUUCCUGGUGACACGUGCUGUAUCUUUCCAAAACAAACCAAUCAGUUACAGCCUCCUCAUCAACCCCAGCAGUCUGUUCUCCAUCACAGCAGAGACGGGGGAAAUCAGCUUGACCCGGUCUAUCGACUACGAGAGUGACCAACAUCGCUACUUGCUGCUGGUGCGAGCCAGUGAGGGCCAGGAAAGCCUGAGCAGUGCAGCCGAGGUACGAGUUGUUAUCAUUGAUGAAAAUGACUGCGUCCCAGAAUUUCUCCAGUCAAUUUACAGCAAGGAUGGCGUGCCAGAGACCGUUACAACAGCAACAUCUCUGCUGCAAGUGUCAGCCAAUGACUGUGACUCAGAGGAGAACGCAGAGUUGACCUAUUACACCCUGAGUCCAGAUUUCACCAUUUCCCCUCAUGGGACCAUCUUCCCUGCCGGGCCUCUGGAUUACGAGAGAAAUAAUCACCUGUACGAGUUUGUGGUCAUGGCUGUUGACAAGGGGGAGGUCCCCCGCACAGGCACGACGACCGUACGGAUCAGGAUGGCCAAUGUCAACGAUGAGGCGCCCGAGUUUUCCCAACAUAUAUAUCGGACCUUCGUCUCAGAAGAUGCAGGUCCCAAUACACUUGUUGCUACGGUGCUAGCAAAGGACCCUGAUGGUGAUGGGAUCACAUACAAGAUUACCACAGGAAAUGAGGAGGGAAACUUUGUGAUUGACAGCCAAAAAGGUUUGAUCCGGCUGCGCUCUAGCCCACCACCUCGCCUCCAGGGCGUUGAAUAUGUCCUUAAUGUUACCGCCACUGAUGACAAUGCCUCAGGCGGCCCUCAGGCGAUGUCAUCCACGGCUCAGGUCAUAGUUGGCGUGGACGAUGUGAACAACAACAAGCCUGUGUUUGAGAAGUGUCAGCAGUACCGAGAGAGCACAUCAGUUCUGGAAAACCAGCCAGCGGGGACGUUCGUUCUGCAAGUUCAUGCUGUGGAUGCAGACGAGGGCUCCAACGGCAGGGUCACAUAUGGCUUCAUGCACAAAGACUCCACUGUACCUGCAUUCAGUAUCCACCCAGAUACUGGAAUAAUUGUGACAGCCAGGAAGUUUGACCGUGAACGCCAACGUGAGUAUGCAGUGACAGUGACUGCCACCGACCAGGCAGCUGACCCGCUGAUCGGCAUUUGUCAGCUCAACAUUCUCAUCUUGGACCAGAAUGACAACAGUCCCAAGUUUGAGAACAUCAGAUAUGAGUACUUCCUUCGUGAGGACACCAUGAUCGGCACCAGUUUCUUGCGGGUGGCAGCUCAUGAUGACGACUUUGGUACCAACGCUGCCAUUGCAUACACCAUGUCUGGUGAACAGCCAGAGUAUCUGAGGGUCAAUCCUCUGACGGGUUGGGUGUUUGUCAACCAACCCAUCUCACAGAGGACCUACAUCACCAGAGAGAUUGUGGCAACAGACGGAGGAAACAGGAGUAGUUCAGUGGAGCUGGCUGUCACCAUCACCAACGUGAAGAACCAGCCUCCACAGUGGGAAAAAGACAGUUACAGCGUGGUCAUACCAGAAAACACCGUCCGAGACACGCCCAUCGUGACCAUCAAAGCCACCUCCCCUCUUGGGGAUCCUAGGGUAACUUACAAUUUGGAGGACGGUAUGGUUCCUGAGACCAACAUGCCCGUUCGCUUCUACUUGACCCCCAACCGAGAGGAUGGUUCUGCAUCCAUCUUGGUGGCAGAGCCGCUGGACUAUGAGACCACCAGGAAAUUCAUUCUGCGGGUUCGAGCUCAGAAUGUUGCUGCUGUACCACUGGCUGCUUUCACCACCGUCUAUGUCAAUGUUACUGAUGUAAAUGACAACGUCCCAUUUUUUACUUCCUCCAUCUACGAGGCCUCAGUCACUGAAGGAGCAGAAUCAGGAACUUUGGUUUUCCAGGUUUCAGCCAAUGAUCUCGACUUGGAUCUUAAUGGCAAGAUCUCUUACUCCCUGCUGGAGGAUCGCAGCGGGGACCACCGGUAUUUUCGAAUUGACCCAGAGUUUGGCUUCAUCUACACACAAGCCGUGUUUGACCGCGAGACCAAAAGCUCAUAUCUGUUGGAGGUUCAGUCCGUGGAUGGUUGGGAGUCAGCUCGGCCUGGGAAGCAUGGACAGCCCAACUCUGACACAGCAUAUGUCCGUGUUUUUAUCAGCGACGUGAACGAUAACAAGCCCGUGUUUGCACAGGCAUCCUAUGAAGUUGAUGCGGAUGAGGAUGCUGACGUAGGCUUUGCCAUUCUCACCGUCAGCGCCAAUGAUGGGGAUGAAGGUGGAAAUGCCAAACUGCGCUACCAGAUCACAUCAGGAAACACAGGAGGAGUGUUUGAUGUAGAGCCUGAGGUGGGAACCAUCUUUAUAGCCCAGGCUUUGGACUAUGAACAGAACAAAAGGUACAAGCUUCACGUCCUGGCCUCAGAUGGGAAGUGGGAAGAUUACACGACAGUGACGGUAAACGUGGUUAACAAGAACGAUGAGGCUCCGGUGUUCACCGUUAACGAGUACUACGGCAGCGUGACAGAGGAGCUUGAUGGUUCGCCGGUGUUUGUGUUGCAGGUAACCGCAUCCGAUCCAGAUAAGGAUGCUGACCAGGAGGCCCUGCGUUACUCUCUCCAUGGACAGGGUGCAGAAAGUGAAUUCAUAAUUGAUGAGGUCACGGGCAAGAUCUACGCCCAGCGGACUCUGGACCGCGAGGAGCGCGCCGUUUGGCGCUUCGUCGUCCUGGCUACAGACGAGGGCGGUGAAGGUCUGACAGGCUUCACAGAUGUCAUCAUCAAUGUGUGGGACAUCAAUGACAAUGCGCCUGUCUUCACCUGCGCCCUCAGCUGCCACGGAGAAGUAGCAGAGAACUCAGUAAUGGGGACAUCUGUUAUGGAGAUGACAGCGACUGACCUGGACGACUCAGCUGUGGGACAGAACGCCGUUCUCUCCUACAGGAUUGUGGGCAGCUUAGAUGCUGCUAACGCUGAGGCGGGAGGUGUGCCCACCUUCUCAGAAAUGUUCAUUAUUAAUUCCAGCACAGGGACCAUCACUGUUGGCAUGAGUGGUCUGGACAGAGAACAGGUUGAGUCAUAUCUUCUGGUUGUGGAGGCCAGAGAUGGAGGAGGGAUGACCGGAACUGGGACGGCAACCAUUCAGAUCAAAGAUGUGAAUGACCAUGCACCGAGAUUCAUUGAUCACUCCUGCCUGGCAAGAAUCUCUGAGAACGCAGAGCCCAAUGCAGAGGUCCUGGAGCUGACCGCAGAGGACCAGGACACUGGAGAAAAUGCCCAGCUGACCUUUAGUGUUGUGGCUGGAGACCAAGAGCAGAAGUUUUUUAUGGUCAGUCACAAACAGGAGCAGCGUGGCGUCCUGAGGCUGAAGAAACGUCUGGACUAUGAACGGCACAGCGAGCAAAGGUUCAACCUCACACUGAAGGUGGAAGACCUGGACUUCUCAAGCCUUCUGCACUGUGUGGUGGAGGUGGAGGACUAUAACGAUCACGCUCCAGUCUUUAUUCCACAUUUUCUGUCUCUUGCGCCACUCCCUGAGGACAUCAGCGUGGGGACCAGUGUGGCACAUUUAGUGGCCAGCGACUCAGAUUCUGGCCAGAACCGUGACAUCACCUACAGCCUAUCAGAGGAGUCGGAUCCCGACGGUCUGUUCAUAAUCGACCAGUCUGGUGUACUCUCAGUGGCCCAGCCGCUGGAUCGAGAGAAAACACAGCAGCAUCACUUGGUUGUCAUAGCAGCUGAUCAUGGGGUUCCACCUCUAACAGGCAGCGCUACGGUUCAGCUGCCUCUGUUGGAUGUGAACGAUAACGGACCAGAGUUUGAGGCAGCGUACUCCCCAGUAGUCUUUGAGAAUGUGGCUGGUCCUCAGAUAGUAAGGUUGAACCAAACAUCGACCCUCCUCCGAGCCGUGGAUCCGGACUCUCCAGAAAAUGGGCCGCCCUUUCACUUCACCGUACCUCCAGAGUAUCGCCACAGCAAUGAUUUCUACCUGCAGGACAAUCUAAACGGCACAGCAACAUUAACCGCUCUGAGGACAUUUGAUCGUGAGCGUCAGAAAGAGUUUCUUCUUCCUAUUGUUAUGAGUGACAGCGGCCAUCCAGCCAAAACGGUGACCAGCACCCUGACUGUGACCAUCGGGGACCAAAAUGAUCACGCACACGUGGCGGGAGAGAAGCAGGUUUUCAUCAACAGUCACAGAGGUCGCAUGCCAACCACAGUGCUCGGAAAGGUCUACUCUCCUGACCCUGAUGACUGGGACAACAAGACCUACGUCUUUGAAGGUCAUGUGCCAAGUUACUUCAUACUGAACAAACGAACGGGGUUCUUAAUCAUUAAGGAGAAUGCCCCACCCGGUACCUACCAGUUCCAGGUCCGUGUUUCAGAUGGGAUCUGGCCAGAUGCCGUCUCUGGUGUUACCGUACAUGUAAGGGAACUACGAGAUGAUGCCAUCUACAACUCAGGGUCCCUCCGCCUCGCAGACAUCACAGCAAAGGAGUUCAUUGAACUGAGAGGGAAGCAGCGGAGCCGCUACGAGUUGCUGGUGGACUUCCUGUCUGAGAUGCUCUCUGUUCCACCUAACGAAGUCAACAUUUUCAGCUUAAUGGAUGUAAAUGAGCGAAUGCUGGAUGUUCGCUUUGCUGUGCAUGCUGGCCCCUCCUUCCUUCAGCCUGAGAAGAUGCACGGUUAUCUGGCCGCCCACAAACAAAAGCUGCAGUCAUUCCUGCAGGUCAGCGUGUUUCAGAUCCGUGCAGACGAGUGUCCCAGCUCGGAGUGUGCCGGGGCAGGUGGAUGCACCAGCGUCUUAAAUGUGCGGGACACGCCCACAGUGGUGGACUGUGGGUCUAUGAGUCUGGUUUCUGUCACAGUGGAAUCCACGGCUCUGUGCUCCUGCCCAGGAAGAGAGCAGUCCCAUCAAUCCUGCGCCACAUAUCCCAAAAACCCCUGCUUCAAUGGUGGAUUGUGCGUGGACACCCAGCAUGGAUAUAGGUGCCAGUGCCCAGCUCAGUUUGAGGGACCCGAAUGCCAGCAAAACAAGCACAGUUUCCAUGGCAACGGCUAUGCCUGGUUUCCUCCGAUGAUGCCUUGUUUCGAGAGCCAUGUGUCGUUGGAGUUCAUCACAGACGUUGCUGAUGGACUGCUGCUGUACAGCGGCCCCCUGGCCCAGCUGCAGGCCUGGGAUCACGAGGACUUCAUCGCAGUUGAGCUAAUAGAUGGGACGCCCACCUUAAAAGUCAACCAUGGCUCCGGCACAGUGGUGCUACAGUUACCAGGCAACGUGAACGUAGCAGACAGGCGGUGGCAUCGGCUGGAUGUCCGCAGCAACAGCAAGGAGGUACGUUUCACCCUGGAUCGAUGCUCGGGGGCACCGGUCAUGGAAAUGGAGGGUUUGGGCAGCUGGUUGACCACUGAGGAUCAUUCUUCCUGUGAAGUGACAGGUGUUACACCCAACACUGACAGACACCUGAACAUGAGUCAAGUGCUCCAGCUUGGAGGUGUGAAUGAGGACAUCCCCUACAUCUACCCUCAGCUUCAGCACAAACACUUCACUGGCUGCAUCCGCAACCUCGUUGUGGACAGCAAGCUGUAUGAUCUGGGCUCCCCGGCCGACUCGCAGUCCAGCUCUCCGGGCUGCCUGACCACAGAUAGCAGCUGUGUCAACAUGGGCUAUCCAUCCUGCGGCCACCGUGGUCGUUGUCACGGUGAUUGGGGCUCCUUCAGCUGUCAGUGUGUGCCUGGAUACACAGGACAGCAGUGUGAAGAAGAGGCCCCUGAGUAUUCUUUUGAUGGCCACAGUCAUGUGCAUUACCAGCUGGCAUCUCCACUACCUGCCCGAAGAACAUGGAUCCAGGUUCUGGUUCGAACUCGUAAACACAGCAGCACCAUCUUCAGCCUGGUGUCGAGGGAGCAAACCGAAUACCUACGAGUAGAGAUUUUUCAGGGCCUCCUUUGUGCUUUCUACAAUCUUGGCGAUGGGGACUACAACCUAACCCUGCCAAACUAUCGCCUCGACAACGGGGAAUGGCAUGAGGUCUUCCUAGAUCGACAUGACAACGAGAUGACCUUGCGAUUAGACGGUGGUGGAGGACUGCGGGAGGUGACGGGAUUCCGAGGCAGAAGUCGAGAAAUUAUCAUCGACCCCACCGCUGUGAUGCUGGGAAACUCCCUCCCCUCUGGAAUCAAUAAAAGCUUCCAAGGCUGUAUGAGGGAUCUACGCCUCAAUGGUCGCUACAUGCCACUGGACAGUCAGCCACGAGAUGGGGUUUCCCAGAUCAGCGUACAGGGACUUUCCCUUGGGUGCUCAUCUGACUCCUGCAAAAGGAACCAGUGUAACCCUCCUUUUACCUGUGUAGACUUGUGGCGAGUGCACGAAUGCAGAUGUCCUCCUGGUCACAUGAUUCGUGCAAAUGGAACCAGGAAAUCCUGUGUUUACACCCUGUGUGCCACGCGGCCUUGCCACCGUGGGACAUGCGUGGCCCAGUCACCCUCCAAGUUCACCUGCCACUGCCCAGAGGGCUACAGGGGGCGGCACUGCGAAACAACACUGGCAAUUUACAGGGAGGACGUGGGCCUGAGCUUCAGCUCCCUCUUUGCCAUCUGCAUCUGCUUCAUGGCCUUACUGGUGCUGCUGCUGGGCAUUUUCCUCUACACUCGCUGGAGAUCCUACAAAGGGCUGAAGGAGGGCGUGUACCACGUCUCAGCGCAUCACGACGGCUGGGAGGACAUCCGAGAGAAUGUCCUCAACUAUGACGAGGAGGGAGGAGGGGAGGAGGACCAGAACGCCUACGACAUGGCGGAGCUGCAGAAGUCCCUCCAGCCGAGCCCAGCUCAGUCGGUCCAGUACUGCCGCUCCAGAGCUCUGCACCACCCGCCCCCUCCCCACCACCACCAUCACCUCCUCCACCAGGCGCCCCCAGCCCCAGCCUCCGCCCAGUCUCUGGAUCCCCUCAGCCGGACAUCCAGCUCCACAACCCUCCCCCCCUCCGCCGCCUCCACGUCCUCAACAGCAACCACCACCACCAGCCUCCGCAGGGACGUGCCCCCCACCAGGCCUCCAGCUCAGGGCCAGACCCGCCCCUCCCAGCUGGCACGCCGCUCCCUGUCGUUCUCCAGCCAGGACCUGGCUCGCUACCUGUGUGAGAUCAUCCGCGACGCCGACCAGCAUCCGGACACGGGGCCUUUUGACUCCCUGCAGGUCUUCUCCACGGAGGGAGGGGGCUCGCCCGCCGGCUCUCUCAGCUCCUUCAGCUCGGCAGGUCUUGAUGGUGGGAAUGCAGGAGAUGGGGGAGGGGAACCGAGGAGGGAGGAGACACUCGGGGAGUGGGGGCCUCGCUUUGAGAAGCUGCGGGCGCUGUAUGAGCGAGCCGAGGCCAGCGACCUUUGAGCUGGUCUGAAUAACGUCAGUUAGCGGACGCUUAGCGGCGAGAAACCGAGGAACAGUCUCGCUCGUCACCCAGCACGGAGCUGACAACCCACGCAGGAGUUGUAUUUGCUGGAUGAUGAGCCCUGUCAAUCAAUACCGUGGCCUAACAGACACAUGAAAGUAUCCCCGUGACGAACUGGGAGAAACGUGACUCUUCACCCGAGCGACUCAUUGUGAUGGAGCUGAGCUUCACUGUCAGAAAAUCAGAGCCAGCCCUGAAUUUCCUCUCAGCUGAAGUCCCGAAAUGUGAAAAUACGAUGUUUAAGGCUGUUGUUUUCUUUCUUUUUAAAAUCAGCACCCAUAAAAAUGUAUUUUUUAUCACCUUGCUGCUGAAAGAAAUGUGUAAAUAAGGGACAUGUACUCCACACUGCUCUGAGGAUGAGUAGGCCGUGUAAUCCAGAGAUUGAAUUUUCAUUAUCGCGGACACGUCGUGUUCUCGCUGCCUGGCUGUACAGAGCUUCUGUCAAUGUUUGUAUGAGGGAAAAAGUGCUUUGACCACCACUGAGUUACAGGGUGAGGUUUUUCCUUUUUCUGCAGUUUUCUUCUAGGUUAAGUAAUUCUGUAUUGGUUGGGUGUUUCAAGUUUCAUCGUUCGGUGGGUUGUUAGACAUCAAGCUUUCUACUUAGUACCGCGCCCGCGUCCUCAUUUGAUUUCCUUUUCUCAUUGGCACUCCACCACUUGUUCCUGCUUACCCACAAGGAGGAGAAAGAGGGGGGUGGUGUACAGAAAUUCAAACAGAUGCGUUACAAAGAAGUGUGUGUGGACAUGUGGACGGCGGGAGGGAGGAAGUGCGCGCUCUGUUGCUCUGUUCUGCGUGCGCUCCUCCUCGGGCAUACCAAACAUGGCAGCUGCGAGAGAGACGGCUUUAACAGAUGAUUGCUUGGUGGAAUACAAACUACGUCAAGCAGCUUUCCAAGGUGACUACAGAAGAAAUACAAAUGAAUUGAGGAGAGGGAUGGAGGAUAAUAUAUAUCUGACUUGUGACCUGUUUGGGUGGAGGGGUUGAGGUCAGAUAACUCAGACAACUUUCAUCAUAAAUUAUCAGCUCUACACACGAUCCUCCUCCUGCAGUUCCCAAACAUAUGAGAACAAUUUAUCUAACAGCAACAAAAAAAGAAAAGAGCAGAAAUAAAGCAGGAAGGAGGAGGCCGAGUCUAAGGAGCACUUCCUCUCACCUUUUGAUAAGAGAUGAUUACAAGGUGGAGGUUAAAUCAAAGAGCAAAUGAUGAAGGAAGCAGAGAGGCAUGAAUGUGUGGCAUGGAGCACCGUGGAGGGAAGCAACAGUUAGUUAUCCAGCCAACAGCCGAGGAGCCGUCCUGGCAUCCGCUGUCAUCAUCAAUAGUUUUUUUAUUUGUCUUCAUCCUGGCAGACUCCUGCCCGUCGGCAGAGAGCGGUUAAAGGAUCGGAGCGUGUGAAAACAUGUCAGGCCGCUAAGCUUAAUGGGGGCUGAUGGCUUGAUGUCGUGCUGGAGAAAAACCAAAGGACUGCGUGGAGGGGUCGAAUCCCAGAUCACGGCUUUCCAGAAUCAUGCUAUUUUCAGCUGAUGCAACCAUGCAGCUUUUAGGAAAGGGAGACCUGAGGGAGGGGUGAGGAUGCCUGGAGAAGUUUUCUUUUCCUUUUUUUUCCCUCCACUGAGACUGAAAGGGAUUUGGGGACGCUUGUAUCUUAUUCCUCUGAUGAGAGGGGCCGAGCCACGGAAGUGAAAGUUAAAGAUCCUUCAUGGUUCUCUCAGCAGCUGGAAGCAGCAGCAACUUUGGUCAACAUCAUUCAUUUGUACCAUAAAACAGCUUCUUAAUGUUAUGUUCUGGGUGCAGACUUGUUGUGAACAAAGUUAAUGUUUUUACCUCAUUUGUAAAUACAGAGAAAGAUUAAAUACGAUUAUCGCUUAGGUUUGAAAUGUUCAGCUUCAGAAAAAAUAGAAUCAAACUGAAGAUAUUUUCUAUUAAACAUGAUGGUGAUGAGCUUUUGACAGUUACAUACGUGUUUUGUAUUUGCUUUGAUCUCUUUCUCAAUAAAUCCAUUUAUUUGCAGCAGA